UCAAGAUCAGAUCAUACACUGCACAGUGCACAGUGGUUGUUUGUUAUAUUGGUGUACACACGCAGUGAAAUGUUAAGAUAAAGGUGUUGUCUGCGGCUGUAGCUUGCGUUGUGCGUUCUGACAGUAUUUGGUCCAGCGCCCUGCCUACAUUGUGGUGAAAUAUGCUGACUCCAAAAUUUGAAGUCCAGCAGGAUGAGACCUGUAUAACUGUGAAGAUCUUUGCACGGUAUGCUCAAAUUACAGAUGCAGAAGUCAGUAUUACUGAGGAAGUAUUCACCUUCUACUCCUCACCUUAUUACUUAAGGCUCACAUUCUCGGGAAAGUUGGUUGACAGUGAACUUGAGGAAUACUCGGCAAAGUUUGAUGCUGAUGCAGGAGCCUUUAUUAUAACAUGCAAGAAAGAAACCCCUGGUGAACAUUUUACAAACCUUGAUUUACUUACAAUGCUCCUUACACCACAGGGAGCAACUGGAGUGAACAGACCAUCAAUUGAAGUUAUUGGUGGUAAUGACUCAGAGAAAGAUGAAGAUUUUGAUUUUUCAUGUGAACAGACCUUGCCUGAAGAAAAUAUAGUGACCAUGGGCUACAAGUAUGGCUUUGGGAAUAAUUCAACUGGUGUUUUUUCUGUUCUUCAGAGUGAAUUAAAAGAUGUAGUGGAUAUCAAUGAUCCUGAUAACAAGUCUGCUCCUGAGCGAAGGGAGGAGAGAGUUACGCAGGAAAUGAGCCUCUUUGAUGAAGAUCACUAUUUAGCUGACUAUUUUGAUGUGGACAUGACACAGCAGUUCAUUGAGUUCAUCCCAGAAUUUUACAGUAUAACAAGUGAUGAAGUUGAAUUCUCAGAACAAGAUCAACAAGACAUGUUGGAACUGCCACGUAAAGAGCACCUUUUGGACAAAGGAACCAAAUCCAUGGCUUUUCUUGGAUUAGCUGAUAUCCUGUAUGCCUGGUGCUACAAUCACAGGAUUACAUUGGGAGAAAAUUCUGUUGAAUCAGCAUGGAAUGUUGCAAAACUAAGUUCAACAUUUUCUUGGCUUGAUUCAUUCACUAGCUUGAAGGAUGUUGCUGUCAGCAGUAUCCGCAGGUCACUCACAUUCCCGCUGGUUAGAAACUGGCUCUUGGCUCAGCAGGUUCUCAAAGACACUGCACAUUUAUUGUCAUUAGGAAGGAAAAAGGUUCUAAAAUGUCUUUUUGAAAUUCGAAGAAUUUUUAGUGCCUCACCACCAAGGUACAUUCUCAAUCAACUUUACAUCAAUGACUAUUGUGUGUGGCUACAGAAAGUAAAGGAGAACAAAUUCAUCAGUCUUGGUGAUUCCUUGAGGAAGGUACGAGUCUUAAAGGCAGAUGUGGGCCUUGAUUUGGAUGACUUAGAAACAGCUGCACAUCUUGUACUUAAAGAAGAAGAAACCUUAACACCAGAACAGAAUAUCAACAACAUUGUGACAGACAUGGCAGGGAUGACCAUAAUUGAGAACGGAGCAGUAUUGGGAAACAGUAGUGAUGAAGCUCUGCUACAAGAACUCCCAGACAGCAACACAGAAGAACAGAGGGAUUUAGUUAAUCUGAGUGAUACUGAUUCUUCUAGCAGUGACAGUGAUAGUGAAGAAAGUGAUGACACAAGUGAUAGUAGUGACUCCAGUGAUGAUUCCAGUGAUGAUUCUGAUGGUGAAUCAUCAUCAGAUUCUUCGGAUUUAGAUUCUGAUGAUGAUACAUUAUCAGAAAAUGAUAACUGAAAACCUAUAGAAUUUAUGUAGACUUCAAUUGCCAUGUUCAUAUUGUUUUACUACAAAAUUCUAGAUUAAUUUUUUUAAGCAAGUUUGCUUUGCUUUACUUUUACCAAAAUUACCCAUUUAUUUAGUCACACAUUGAAAAUUAAUCUAAGAUCCACUGUGAAGUUCUAAAUCAAAAGUUAAAUGGGUUCCUAUUAGAAAAUUAAAAUAUGUACUACUUGCCAAGUUGUACUGUUUAAGUUCAGUUCAAGUUUGCUAUUAUCAUAUUCAUUUUAUUAUUAUAAUAAUACUCAAGAAUAUUAAACACCACAUAAAAAAUUUGAAAUAUAUGCAUGCUUGUCUCACAACUGAUAGAAAUUUUGUAUGUCUUAUCUCGUACUGUAGCUAAUGUUCAACUAGCAAUGAAUAGGUACAAGAUGUAAACUAGCUGAUCUGUGAUCAUGUCUUUCUGGUAGUAGAAUGUUAAGAAUGGUACUCUUGUGUGUGUGGACACAAGAGCAAGUUAAGUCGUUGUGCACACAGAUGCAACAUCCACCUUUGGAAUGAAAAUGAAGAUAAAGUGGCAAGGAACAGAAAAAGGGCUACUGGACCACAAAAAUUCCAUUUCUCUAAUGAAAUCAAUUAGUUCAAAUGGCUGUAAUGGUGGUACAUUUAAUUAAAAGCGUGGCCGCAGGAGACAGGUUAAGGGUGGAUAAAAAGGUCAGUUUGUCUCCUUUCAGCCUCCUUACUGCCUUCUCGGGGGAAUAUUAAGUAGGAAAUUGGGAAAAUCUUCCACAAUGUAUAUUUAUAGAAAUUUGAAAAAAAAAAUAAAUAAAAAAAAAAAAAAAAAAA